AACAGCCAUUAGCCAUGGAAAUGUUUAACUUCAACUCUUUUACACUUAACUUUCCAGCUUCAAUUUUUUCCCUAAAGAAUGCAAACAUCACCUCUUUCAUCCCUUUAUUGAUUGGCCUUUUUUGCUCUCUGAUUUUCCUUUCAAAGUUGUUGCAAAUUCAAUUCAACGAAAAACCAAAUCAAUCUCCUCUUCCACCUGGCCCUAAACCCUGGCCGCUUAUUGGAAACCUACCAGAGAUGAUCCAAAAGAAGCCAACAUUUCUUUGGAUACACAAUCUCAUGCAAGAAAUGAAUACUGAUAUCGCCUGUAUUCGUAUAGGAAAGAACAAUGUGAUUACUGUCACCUGUCCUGAGAUUGGGCGCCAAUUCUUACGAAAACAAGAUGCGGUCUUUGCUUCCAGACCUAUCUGCAUGUCCGCAGAGGUGAUGUCUAAACAUUUUUCUUCAUUUGGUGUUCAACCUUUGGGAGAUAGCUGGAAGGAUAUGAGGAAAGUGAUCAGUAGCCACGUGCUUUCUCCCGCAAAACAUCAAUGGCUUACUGGGAAAAGAGAGGAAGAAGCUGAUAAUUACCUCGUGCAUUACCUGUAUAAGCAAUGUGGUGGCUCUAAUAAUACUGGCUUGGUCAAGGUCAGAAAGAUCGCGCAACACUACUGUGGUAACCUUCUAAGGAAGAUUAUUUUUAACAGGAGGUAUUUUGGAGAAGGGAAGGAAGAUGGAGGAGCGGGGGUAGAGGAGGAGGAGCAUGUAAAUUCGCUUUUCAAGAUUCUUUCUUGCAUUUAUGCCUUCUCCGUUUCUGAUUAUGUGCCAUGGUUGAGGAGAUUUGACAUAGAUGAUCAGGAGAAGCUUAUGAGGGAAGGUGUCAAAACUGUCGGAAAAUAUCAUGAUCCCAUCAUAGAAGAAAGGAUUCAACAGUGGAAAAUCGGCACGAAGACUGAAGAAGAAGACUUGCUUGAUGUCUUCAUUAAUCUGAAAGAUGCAGAUGGCAAUGCAUUCCUCUCAAUGGAUGGAAUUAAAGCACAAAUCACUGUAAGUUGUCUUCUAAACUUUUCUCAUUUUCUUCCUAAAAUGAAGACAGUAUAUUAGGCUAAUUAAACCCCCUUAUUUUCCCCUUAGACUUUUUUUCUUUCUAUGGUCAACACCCUAAUUUUCCUCCCAAUCAACACCCUCUGUAAUUCAUAAAUAGAAAAAAUCCUA